AUGACAUUGAUUUUAACAUUGGUGGGAAUGGCAACAACUACGAUGCUUCAGCUACAAAUGAAUCACAUGGACCUGGCAUCAAAGAGGAUGGGUAAGAUUGCUAUUUUUUCCGUCGAAUUUUAUAGUGCAUAUAUCACCAGAACUCAGCAGAUGAUCGUAAGCAUCUGUUCUCUGGCCUCGCUUCAUCUCGCUCAACUUUUCCGAGGCAACGAAAAGAGCAUGUCAAGAUAUGGGAUCGGUGUAGGGAGAUCAUUUGGCGGGCAUGCAGAUUGGGGAACCUUAUGGCAGGACGUGGGCUUGGAAGGAGGAGAACUUAUCGCUGAGAUGGAUUUGAACAAAUGCCUCUAUAAGGGACGGAUGAGAUUCAAACAGCAACUAGGACCCAUAGAUGCGGAACAUCACUGGCGACCGUUCAAUUGUUUUACGGAUUCGAAGAUAAGCGCGAUGAUUGCGAUGGCUGCCGGAAGCAAAAUGCGUCAAUUGCCUGAAGGGGGAAGCUUGAGCAGACGAGUUGGCAAAGGGACUAGCAGCUUGAAAACGGACAGGAAGCUGGUAUUUCGCCUCAUGCAUUCGCCAACAACAGCGGCCAUAGUCAAUCCUACUACAUAG